AGAAAGAAACCGGAUAAGGUUCCAUUUCCGUUUCCAUCUCAUUCCAUCAUCGCCCUUCUCCAAAAAAAAAAAAAGUUCAAUCCAUCUCGAUCGGCUUCCUCCGUACGCGCGUCGGUAUUGUUUUUGGCGCGGACGACGCGCGUUAUCGCCGACGAAGAUGCGAGGGUGGAGAUGUGGAAAGAAAUCAGGGAAAGGGAAUCGGGCUCCAUCCUCCCCUCUUGUUUCUCCCGCCGCCUCCGAUCUCGCCGCGUCUCAUCUCUCGAGCUCUCCAAUCGCAAGGAGAUCGUCAGCCCUCACAAGGGCGCCGUCAACUCUCUCCAGGUAGAUUUAACUGAAGGACGGUAUCUGCUAUCUGGAGCAUCAGAUGGAUCUGCUGCUCUUUUUGACGUACAGCAUGCUACCGACUACGAGGGAGGAGGAAUGAUUGCGAAGCACAAAAGUCUAUUUGUUGUUGACAAGCAGCAUGGGCACGGUCAUAAAUUUGCUAUAUCAUCUGCUAUCUGGUAUCCAGUGGACACAGGGCUAUUUAUUACAGGCUCUUUUGAUCACUAUGUCAAAGUAUGGGAUACAAAUACGACUCAAGUUGUGAUGGACUUCAAAAUGCCUGGAAAAGUUUAUGGCGCAACAAUGUCCUCAAUAGCCACAACACAUAUGCUUAUUGCUGCUGGAAGCGCAGACGUUCAAGUCCGUCUAUGCGAUAUUGCUUCUGGGGCAUUUACACAUACAUUAUCUGGUCAUCGUGAUGGAGUUAUGACUCUGGAAUGGUCUACCUCUAACGAGUGGAUUUUGGUUACUGGGGGUUGUGAUGGCGCCAUACGUUUUUGGGACAUAAGACGUGCAGGAUGUUUCCUUGUUUUAGAUCAAUCAAGAUCUCAGCUUGGGAGACGCCCACCUUUCUUGGAAAGCACAUUGAAGAAAGGUUCUGUAACAAGGAAACUUCAUGCAGGACAAUCAGUUUCUGCAAAGACCAAUGGUCAACCAAAAAAGAUGUCAGCCCUUCACAGAGGUAACACUUCAACCAGAGGGUCUGUGGUGCAGAGAGUACAUCCUGGUAUGUUAUCCAGUCAUAAUCGUGCGACUGCUCAUUACGGUGCUGUGACUGGACUGAAAGCAACUAGAGAUGGCAUGUACCUUCUGAGUUCAGGCUCCGAUUCAAGAUUAAGAUUGUGGGAUAUCGAAUCUGGCUGCAAUACAUUAGUCAACUAUGAAGCUAUGCGCCUACAGACAAGUAAAGCUUUACAGCUAGCUAUCAAUGAGGAUUCUUCACUUGUCUUUGUUCCAUGUAUGGCAACAGUCAAGGCAUAUGAUAUGUGGUCUGGUAUGAUGUAUCGGACAUUCCGUGGUCACUAUGAGGCGGUGAACUGCUGCUGUUUUAGUUCGCAAGAUCAGGAAUUGUACACAGGGAGCAAUGAUAGAAAAGUGCUCAUUUGGUCACCACCAAAUCUAGCUAAGGAAGGAGAUGGCUCUCUAGAGGAAGAUCGUGAUAAUUGGAGCGACUAGGCUUUGUCGAAUCCUCUUUUGCAAUUAAUUACGUCUAAUAUCUGUAAAUUUAUGUGUCUAUAUUUGUUUGGUUCAUUCGGAAUUUUGAUGUAAUCAGAGUUCCAUCUUUUGAAAAUAGGAGGACUUCACAUUUGUCUUCGCUUUCUAAUCGUAUAUUUGUACUGGCUUGAAUACAUAUUUGACAACAUAUGUAUCGAAGGUGAAGUAAAUGUCAGAUUGCAGGCGUUUCUCUUGGACAUUAAA